AUGCGCAUCGAGCACGCUAGGUUUGUCCGCCAGUCAGGUGCUCUGGCCUUUUUCUGCGUUUUCUCCCAUCUUCAUAGAUUUCCUCGCCAGUCACCUUACUCACUCAACCCACUGAGAAAUUCUCUUGAAGAAAUUCUUGAAAUUGAGUUUAAGAUCUGGUUCAAAUCCGAAGUCCAAACCUUCAGUUUUUCCAUGAAAAGCAAGAAGAAGAUUUCAUCAAGUGCCAAUGCUGAUGAAUUGGCUCUGUCAUUGUAUGCGGAGGAGGUGGAGCCAGUUCCUUUGAAAGUCUACCUCCAUUCUUGCGUAAGGCGUUCGCCACGAUUCACCACCAAUAAGUACAAAACGCCAUCUCCGGCGAGCAGCAGCCGGCGGAAGUCAAAAGGGUUUCCUGCAUUUGCCCUUUCUGUUCAGGAAAGGUCUCCAAGGCUUUCUGAAUCAUCUGCUCCGGUGGAAGCGUCGUUGAAGAAACGGAGAGGUUUUGAGGAGGAAGAAGUUUCAAAGAAAGUGAAGGCGUGUUUGAAUGAUAAAAGUUUAAGUUCUCCGAGGUUGAGACGCGGGGGUAAAGAUGUAAAUUCAAGGGGUUUUUUGCGCGCUAGGUGCUUAAGAUCAAGAACUGUAGUAAUGCAUGUAAGUAAUGAGAAAGAAAGGGUAGAGAAAAGUGUAAAUUUGAAAUGCUUAAGAUCUCGAAUAAUUGAGUUAGAUUUGGUAAAAACACCCAAAGCUUUGAAAACUAUAGGUCUCGACAGUAGCUCUAGCAGGUUUCCGAGGUUAAUUGAGGCCAAAAAUGAAAAUCUGAAGCCUGAGACGCCUUCAUUGGAGAAGAGCUUAAGAUCAAGAACUGUAAAAAUGCACGUGGGAAUUGAGAAAGAAGGGCCGGAGAAAAGUGCUUCGAAGAAAAGCAUUUGUCAUGCUAUGUUGGUUGAUAAGUGCAUAAGGUCUCCAAAAGUAGAGUGUAAUUUGGAUGAAUUGCCUCAGGUUUUAGAAAAACGGGAUUUGGAAAAAUGUGGUUCAGAGGUAAUGAGUGAGAAGUGCUUAAGGUCUAGGAAAAUUGACUUUAAAGUAAAUGUGGAAGGAAGUGUUGAGAGAAAAACUCCUCGAAUGGAAGGGUGUCCUUCGAAGAAUGAAGGUUCUGUUAAAAAAGAUAUGGAAUCAGAAAAAAAACGAGAAAAACAAAAAAAAACUGCGUGUUGUUUUAUUGGGGAGCCAAUUCCAGAAGAAGAUGCUCGGGAGAAAUGGGCAUGGCGAUAUGACUUAAAGAGCCAAAGAAAGGAUCAAAGUGGGAAAUUGAAUAGUGGUGAAGAAGAUGAAAUUAUAUUGAAUGUACAGUGCCAUUAUGCUCAAGCCAAAGUUGACAGUUGUGUUCUUAACGUCGGAGAUUGUGCAUAUAUGAAGGGUGAAGGAAAUAAAAAACAUGUUGGGAAAGUCUUGGAAUUUUUCAAGACAACGGAGGGAGAAGAUUACUUUAGAGUUCAAUGGUUUUUCAGAGCUGAAGAUACGGUUAUGAAAGAUGCUGCUUCUUUUCAUGACAAGAAGCGCUUAUUCUACUCCACUUUAAUGAACGACAACAUAUUAGAUUGUAUUAUUUCGAAAGUCAACAUUGUAAAAAUACCACCUGUGCUGUGUGAAAAACCGAACAUUAUUCAACCGGCUGCUUUUUAUUAUGAUAUGGAGUACUCUGUGGAAUAUUCAACAUUUCGUACUUUGUCAACUGAAAAUUAUGUUGACAGCCAUGAUUCAUUCUCAGCCAAAUAUGCGGACCCCAACUACCAUUCUGUUACUGAAACACCCUUGCAGGUUCUGUCCAAUUGUGAAUCUCUGAAAGAAGAAUUAGCAUUACUAGACCUAUUCUCUGGCUGUGGUGGAAUGUCAACUGGAUUGUGCUUUGGUGCAAAUCUUGCUGGUCUCAAUCUUGUAACGAAAUGGGCCGUUGAUUAUAACAGGUCUGCAUGUGAGAGCGUGAAACUAAACCAUCCGGAAACCCAAGUUAGGAAUGAAUCUGCUAAUGAUUUCCUAGAGUUACUAAGGAGCUGGGAGAAGUUAUGCAAAUCAUAUGUGUGCGAUUUAGACAGAACACAUGAAUUCGGAUUGGAGGACGACUGUGAAGAAAGUGACGGCAAUAUAAAUUCUCAAUUGGAUGAAGAGGUUUCUUCUGAAGAAUAUGAAGUUUCCUGUCUGGUUGAUAUUUGUUAUGGUGAUCACGGUGAAAGAGGAAAGCGUGGGAUACACUUCAAGGUACGUUGGAAGGGAUAUGGUCCAGAUGAAGAUACAUGGGAACCAAUUGAAGAGUUGAGUAAUUGUGAAGAGAAAAUAUGGGAUUUUGUUAGGGAAGGAUUGAAAUCGAAAAUUUUGCCUCUCCCGGGAGAAGUUGAUGUAAUAUGUGGUGGCCCUCCAUGUCAAGGCAUUAGCGGUUAUAAUCGACAUAGGAACGUUGAGUCCCCAUGGGACGAUGAAAGAAACCACCAAAUUGUGGUCUUUAUGGAUAUAGUUGGAUUCUUAAAGCCAAAGUAUGUCUUGAUGGAAAAUGUGGUCGACAUCAUAAGAUUCGAUAAGGCCUCUCUUGGACGAUAUGCUUUAAGUCGUUUAGUGCAUAUGAAAUACCAAGCCAGGUUAGGAACUAUUGCCUCGGGGUGUUAUGGUCUUCCUCAGUUUCGACUGCGCGUUUUUAUUUGGGGUGCGUCUCCUAGUGAGAAAUUGCCCCAGUUCCCAUUGCCUACACAUGAUGUUGUUGUCAGAUAUUGGCCUCCAUGCGAAUUUGAGAGGAAUACUGUUGCUUAUGAUGAAGGCCAGCCUCGCGCACUUGAAGACACCAUUGUUCUUCAGGAUGCAAUUUCUGAUCUGCCAUCUGUAACAAAUGAUGAAACCCGUGAAGAAAUGAUAUAUGAGAAGCCUCCAGAAACGGUGUUCCAAAGGUACAUAAGAUCAAGUAAAGACGAGAUGUUGGGACUUGUGUCAAAUAGAGAAAUGGGAUCAAAAUGUCCUGUGUUAUUCGACCAUCGGCCUCUCCAGUUGUCUUCACACGAUUACUUGCGCGUUUGUCAAAUCCCAAAGAGAAAAGGAGCCAACUUCAGGGACCUUCCCGGGGUCAUUGUGGGAGAAGAUAAUGUGGCACGUCGUGAUCCAACCAAAGAGCCAAUGAUGCUACCCACUGGAAGACUAGUUGUGCCAGAUUGUGUCUUCAAUUUUGAACAGGGAAAGUCGAAAAAACCAUACGCAAGAUUAUGGUGGGACGAGACAGUAGCAACGGUGGUGACAUUCCCCUAUGUUCGCUGCCAAGCAGUUUUACAUCCCGAGCAGAACCGACUUCUCACCAUACGAGAGUUUGCAAGAUUGCAGGGAUUCCCAGAUUUUUACAGAUUCUGCGGGACUGUCAAGGAAAAGUACUGUCAGAUAGGCAAUGCAGUGUCUGUUCCAGUGGCACGAGCUCUCGGAUAUGCGCUUGGAAUGGCCUCCACCAGGAAGUUUAGUGGAGACGAGCCCCUCGUGAUCCUACCGCCAAAAUUCUCUUUCCUACAGCAUUCGACUAAUGAACCUGAUGUCUCUAUGUCUGGACAGUAG